CACCUUUCUUUGAGCAUUGUGUCACAUUUGUUGGGAUAUGAAUCGUACAUAAAUAAGCUUUUUCACAUUCAAACGAAUGUGAUAAACUCAAAGAAACGUGACAUUUUUUCACAUUCGUUUCAACGCGAUGCCACGUUCCUGUUAUGAGAGUCGAUGCCUACCAGGACAAAGAGUGAUUAGUUGUCUUCCUUUAUUUAAAUGAUAACACUGCGAUGAUCACCUUCCCGUUGUACACACUCAAUGUUUUUGUACAAAUUUUGCACGAGACAUCCCAGUUUUUGGGGCACACGAUCUUCUCGUAUAAAUUUGUGCAAGAUUUUGCACCAAAUGGGGAAUUUUGUGCAGUUUUCCGCUCAAAAAUUGUACGAAAAGUUCGCGUCCUCAAAAAACUGUAAUGUCUCGUACAAAAUUGUUCAUUACAUUUAGUGUGUAGUAAUGCUCUCAUCCUUGCCCCGCCGGGUUUGUUUUAGUUAUUGAGUUUGGUUUCCCCCGAUGGUCUACGCAGGCGUAGCGCCUUGUUAUGUUAUAGUCUGCACUGCUGUAGAUUGAUUUCGAGAGUCGUUUUCGUCGCUCCGUCCUCUCGCACCAGCAAGAAGCACCCCAUGAGUGCGAGAAACACAGAGCGACGGAAACGACUCGCAGAGUCAGUCAGCAGGUCGCAGGUUAUCACGAUACCGCCGCGCGGCUGCCACGCCACGCCUUGCCACCAAGAUCCGUAGCGCGGGAAGAGAAUGUCAGUCAGAGCCAAUAUGGAGUUUGUCAAGAUCUCAUCUGUGCUGGUGCUGCCUGCUCUGCUUCUGGGGGCCUCCCACGCCGGUGCCUUCGAUUGCAAGGAUGGCAGAGGCUCUACAAUAUACGUGUGUGACGGGUCCAGGGACUGUGCUGACGGCUCAGACGAAAGUCCGGCAUUUUGCGACGGCUUCACCAACUUGGGGAGCUUGGCCCCUGGGGAGCGAGUCACGGCUGUGCUGGACCACACGAAGCGAGGCGAGCGCAUCCUCAUUUUAAUGUGCAGCCCCUCCUUCUGCAGCAGGCUCACAGUGAUAGGCGGUGCUCCGAGCGGCGCGCUGCAGUACGAGACCUCCCUCCGCAACAGCCCCAUGGGUCGCAGUAGGCAAGCUACGGUUGGGACGUAUCCUCCCCUGCACCAGUCAUCACCAAGCGGAGCCAAGUAUCUACCGGAGGGUCAAGUGGCGUUUACGGUGAGAGCGCGGUGA